GCGGCUGGGAGUGAGCGCCCAGUGAGCUGCGGGCGGGCUAGUGCUCCGCCGCAGCAACCCGCGGGCCGGCGGGCGAGCGAGCCAGCGCAGGACCCGCGGCUCGGCCCCCGGCCGCGGUCGGACGGAGAGCCGAGCCGCCGCCCCCAGCCCAGCCCGCCCGGCCGCAGGACCGCCGGGGCCUGGCCGCCGGUCGGGCGUGCGCCAAGUUCAGCUGCCACCGGCACGGCCAGGCCAGCAUGGUGGACCACUUACUUCCAGUGGACGAGAACUUCUCGUCACCAAAAUGCCCAGUUGGGUAUCUGGGUGAUAGGCUGGUUGGCCGGCGGGCAUACCACAUGCUGCCCUCACCCGUCUCUGAAGAUGACAGCGAUGCCUCCAGCCCCUGCUCCUGUUCCAGUCCCGACUCUCAAGCCCUCUGCUCCUGCUAUGGUGGAGGCCCGGGCACCGAGAGCCAGGACAGCAUCUUGGACUUCUUACUGUCCCAGGCCACGCUGGGCAGUGGCGGGAGCAGUGGCAGUAGCAUUGGGGCCAGCAGUGGCUCCAUGGCCUGGGGGCCCUGGCGAAGGGGAGUGACCCCUGUGAAGGGGGAGCAUUUCUGCUUCCCCGAGUUUCCUUUGGGUGACCCUGAUGACGUCCCACGGCCCUUCCAGCCUACCCUGGAGGAGAUUGAAGAGUUUCUGGAGGAGAACAUGGAGCCGGGAGUCAAGGAGGUCCCCGAGGGCAACAGCAAGGACUUGGAUGCCUGCAGCCAGCUCUCAGCUGGGCCACACAAGAGCCACCUCCAUCCUGGGUCCAGCGGGAGAGAGCGCUGUUCUCCUCCACCAGGUGGUGCCAGUGCAGGAGGUGUCCAGGGCCCAGGUGGGGGCCCCACGCCCGAUGGCCCCAUCCCAGUGCUGCUGCAGAUCCAGCCCGUGCCUGUGAAGCAGGAAUCGGGCACGGGGCCUGCCUCCCCUGGGCAAGCCCCGGAGAAUGUCAAGGUUGCCCAGCUCCUGGUCAACAUCCAGGGGCAGACCUUCGCGCUCGUGCCCCAGGUGGUGCCCUCCUCCAACUUGAACCUGCCCUCCAAGUUUGUGCGCAUUGCCCCAGUGCCCAUCGCCGCCAAACCUGUUGGAUCAGGACCCCUGGGGCCUGGCUCUGCUGGUCUCCUCAUGGGCCAGAAGUUCCCCAAGAACCCAGCCGCAGAACUCAUCAAAAUGCACAAAUGUACUUUCCCUGGCUGCAGCAAGAUGUACACCAAAAGCAGCCACCUCAAGGCCCACCUGCGCCGGCACACGGGUGAGAAGCCCUUCGCCUGCACCUGGCCAGGCUGCGGCUGGAGGUUCUCGCGCUCUGACGAGCUGUCGCGGCACAGGCGCUCGCACUCGGGUGUGAAGCCGUACCAGUGUCCUGUGUGCGAGAAGAAGUUCGCGCGGAGCGACCACCUCUCCAAGCACAUCAAGGUGCACCGCUUCCCGCGGAGCAGCCGCUCCGUGCGCUCCGUGAACUGAAAGUGCCCCGAACCUGUCCUUCACCCCAGAUCCCCACCCCAGCCCCAUUUUUUUAAGCAAUAAUUUAUUUGCCUCCUCCAGAGGGACAUGACAAUGUUACCAGCCCACCUUCUAAAGCCUGGGAGGUGUGAACCCAGGGCCAGCCAACCGCUGCCUUUCUCGGGAGUACUUAGAGCCUCAAACCCGCGCCCCUGGGGGCUGGGCCCCCGGCGCCCGGGACUGCAGGCAGGCCUUCGUGCCUUCGUGCCUUCGUGCCUUCCCGCGGUGGCCAGGCCUCUGCUGCAACCGCUGGUUGCAGGCAGAGUUUUGGGGACCUGGCCCUUCUCCCACUGGGCUCCCCCGACCUGGGCCAAGGCCAGAACUUUAGUGCUCGGUGAAGAUGAAAUGUGCAGUUUUGAAAUGUUGGGUUCCCAGAGAGAGUCAUGCUGGGGGAGAAGGAAGUAGGCCAGAAGUCCAGGGCUGCACUGUGGUGUGAGGGUGGCUUGGCUUUGUCUAAGAUGCCUGCUCAGCAUGAUCACCAGAGGGUGUGGGCAGCGCCCUGGGGGUGGGGUGGGUGUCAGGACCGGGCCGCUGGGGCCUCAUGUGGGAGAGAGGUGAAAAGUGUCCCCCACUGGGGGGCUGGCAGUGCAUGUGCUUGAGUUAAAUGUGCAGGGCAGAAAGAGCCAGAUGCGCCUGUACCCAGGGGCUCAUCCCCUCCUCUGGUUUCCCAGACAAAUCCAGACACCAGCCUCUAGGGUGGCCUUGAGAGGAGAGGGCCAGGCUGUCCUGGGUGUGAGAGAACUAGAUAGAGCCUCCCAACCCUGAUUUAGAAAUGCAUUCCUUAUUUUGUCUAGAAAUUAAUAAAUGAACUAGCUUGUUUUGACAGGUUUAUUUCACAUCCUAUGAAUGUAUGUAAAUAAACUGUACAUAGGUCCAUCCACAUAAAAUAUCUUUUAAUAACAUAUCAACAUUUGUGUAAAUUUGAAAUUUAAAAAAAUCUAUGAAGCUGGUGUACAUAUAUUACAAUUAUGUAUAUUUUCUUUGGUCCUUCAUAAAAAUAUAUUUACUUUGCCAAUAAAAAGAAAAAGAACUCAC